AUAAAAAAAAAGAAAGAAAAGGGAAGGCGCUCUAGUACUCUUCACCUCUCUCCCCUGUCUACAAACACACAGCCCUCUCUCUCUUCAUCUCGCUUCUCUCCAUCUUUGACAAGAGGCUUUGCCCUUGGGACGCCUCGAUUGUCUCGCCCGCAUCGGAGUUCUUCCCCAAUUCCAUUGCUUUCUUCGAUCAGGGGCUGUGGUUCUCUGCGGCGGGAGAAGAGAGAGAAGCAGUGUUUCUCAGAGGAUAAGGCUUAUAUCAAGAUGAAUCUAGGUGAUGAUAUCUCUAUGACAGAGGUGGAACAACCAGUGACUGCAUCUUCUUUUAAAGAGAUUCAAAAAAUUCCUUCAGCUGUGAGAGAGAGUCAAACACUGAGUCCAUCGAAAGUAAGAGAGAGUCGAGAAAAUCCUUCAGCUGUAAGAGAGAGUCGAUCAGUAACUCCAUCUCCUGCACGAGAGGGACUAGAAAAUCCUUCAGUUGUAACAGAGAGUCAAGCAGUGGCUCCAUCUCCUGUAAGAGAGAGUCAAGAAAAUCCUUCAGCUGCACCAGAGAGUCAAUCAGCGAAUCUGUCUCAUGUAAGAGAGAUUCGAGAAAAUCCUUUGGGUUUAAGAGAGAGUCAAUCAGUGACUCCAUCUCCUGUAAGAGAGACUCGAGAAUCUGUGACUCUGUCUCCUGUAAAAGAGACACUAGAAAGUCGAUCUGCUGUAGGCGGCAUUAGAUCAGGAGGAGGAGAAUUAUCUAAUGCAAGUCCAUCAGCUCUUAAUCAAAUAGUGAUUUACGAUCCUGAUUCAGCAAACAAUAGACAAGGCCAGAAUGACAAUCAUACUCGUGCUGCCCCUAGUUUUUCAACACCACUUAGUGCUGGUGAACUGUUUGGAUCAUUCACUGUGCAGUGCAAUAACUGUUUUAAAUGGAGGCUAAUCCCUACCAAAGAUAAGUAUGAAAAAAUUCGUGAAAAUAUCUCGCAAAAACCUUUUGUGUGUGAGCAGGCGCGUGAAUGGAAUCGUGUGUUAUCUUGUGAUGAUCCGACUGACAUAUCUCAGGAUGAUACUCGACUGUGGGCAAUUGAUAAACCAAAUAUUGCUCAGCCUCCUCAAGGAUGGGAAAGGUUGAUUCGGCUCAGAGGUGAAGGAGGCACUAGAUUUGCUGAUGUGUAUUAUGUUACACCAUCAGGAAAGAAGCUUCGGUCCAUGGUUGAGGUUGAAAGGUACUUGACUGAGCAUUCCAUCCAAGGGGUGCACAUAUCACAGUUCUCAUUCCAAACACCAAAACCACUUCGAGCGGACUAUGUCCGUAAGCGGCCCCGCAGAACAUUCGGCGGUCUAGAGCUCUCACGGCCACUUGAACCGGCUGAAGUUACUCCUAUUUCCUGGGCACCUCCACUUCUUGUUUCACAAGAGGAACACACAUCAUCGCCUGCGCGUUCAUCUUCUGCGACAGAAUCCAUGUGAGAGGAAAGCAUAAACCGCGAAUCGACUUCAAUGAUGGAACUUGCUAUUUCCUUUUUUGUUUCCUUUCUCCAUCAAAAUAUAUAUAUAUAUAUAUAUAAAAAAAGAAAAAGAAAUGAACUGUGAGGUUUUGUAUACUGAAGUAAGGGAUGUAUCUUGUUUAAACAUCCAAGUGGGAGAAAGAGGUGGAUGGCAUAGGAUAGAAAAGAAGAACUAUGUUUUUUGUUUUUUUUUUCAGGCAGUUAAUUAGAAGAGUUUUUUUGGGAGGGGUCUCAAAACCAUAUGUUUUAUAAACAACAAUAUAUGUGAUUGCUUAAUCAGUUCCUUAGU